AUGGGGCCUCCUCCAGAGACACAGGAAGGACCAGCAAACACGACUAACGCUUCUUCGGACUGCUCUGUCACCCCAACUAGCUGCGUGCUUUAUAUCAGUAGCAGCCGCAAUGUAGUUUCCAGCAAUGAGGCCGCAGUUAGCUUGGCAGCGGGAGCUGCAAGUUCUGAGCGCAGCGGCCAGAGGCUCGAAGGCCUGCCGCGACAGCAGUGCCGACGCCGCCAGCAAAGAGGAAGAAACGCGAACACAAUAGAAAGAGCAGGCUCUGCACCUUGUGACUUCAAAGGCAAGCUGCAGAGGCAGCACACGCAAAAUGGGUGGACGCCUGCAUUGCCCCAGAAAUUGAAUCCUCUUGGAGGAUACGGAGGAUGCGACAGUGGGAGCGGUGCGCAGUCCACUACCCCAGCAAGAACAACAAAUGUAGCUGCUGCAACAACAGAAGCAGCAGCCGACAAGGAAAAAGCGGAAGAUGAGAUGAACUCCUUUCAAUGGAGGUCCCGUGAGAGUUUUUCCUGCAGGGACUUUGACGCCUCAUCUCCGUACUUACCAAUAUCAUAUUUGGGGAGGGACACUGUAGGGCGCAGUUUCCAGUGUAUCGAAAAGUCGACUGGGGACCGGGUUACAGUCAAAGUGGUGUCGAAGCGCCCCUUGCAGUCUCGCCAUCGUCUACGACGGCAAGUGCUUGUAGAAAAGGAGACCUUGUUGUCUUUAAGCGUGGGAGGUCACUCUUCGCAUCCUAGCGUGGCUUAUCUGAGGCAAAUUUACCAGACAGAAGAAAGCUUGUACUUCGUGCUCAACUAUACGGGCUGUGUGCGUCUGCGAGAUGUGCUGAGACGCUUGAGCCGCGCUGGAGUCAGUCUCUCUAUUGGGGCAGCAAGGCUAUGGGCAGCCGAGAUAGUGGCGGCUCUUGCUACGUUACGGCAAAAGGGUGUGUUGCACAGAGACAUCCGCCCAGAGAACAUCGUAGUGAGCGAGCGGGGGCACCUCACUCUUGUCGAUUUUUACUCUGCGCUGCACCUUGCCCCUGAGACGCAGCAGUGGCAACAGCAGAACGAGCAGUUGAGGGAACAGGAAACGGAAAAGGAUAGACACUUAAAACAACAACUUCAGCAGCUGCAGCAUUGCAGCACGGUGCACCAGCGAGAGCCACAAAGAGUAGAGGGGUUUUCGUUUUCGUCGAGCUCUCGACGUUCUUACCCCAACUGCAGGAACAGUAAGAAAAGGUAUCAAAGUGAACCAAGUCGCUCGCAGGGUGACCUAGAAAUACAUAGCCGUCGGCGAACGGCUGUAAAUUAUCCAUAUGCCGUGGUGCCUGGCUACGCUGCACCUGAGCUGUCUGUUUCUGUCGACUCUGAUGGAGAUUCCGUCGAGCAACACGAUUUCGGGUGCGGGUACGGGACGGAUUGCUGGUCUCUAGGGUGCCUUGUGCACGAGUUACUGGUUGGUGAGCCGCCCUUCAAGAACAUACCAUCUACGGCUGUAGCCCAGGCAGUCUGUGGAGAUCAAGAAUUAUCUCUGACGCAACAGAUGCCUGCGGCUGCAGUGGAUUUUAUAAAAUCACUACUGCGAUCAAAGGAGGAAGAAAGAUUGGGAUCCAGGGACAUUAAGGAGCUACUGGAACAUCAUUUUCUCAAAGGAGUCGAUUGCAUGGCUUUACAUUUCCACCCUCUUCCACUGGACGUGAUGCAGUAUGACUUCGCCUUCCAAGGAUUUGGACAUUCUUGCCGUGCAAGAGAAACAGCGGCGAAGUGCGAUCGCACAGUUCCGGUAGAGCGUGAAGACAAUGCGGUGAGAGCAGCUGCUUCAGCUGCAGACACUCCUGCUGCCCUGGAGACUCCGGUUACAUUGUUAUCAAGCUGCCGUGUCUCCACUUCGAAACCUAGAGCAUCUGACGCUCCACAAGCAUGUUUAUACCCCCAAAGCAACGAGAGGUGCAUCCGCAGCGGAGGAGUUCCUGGUAUUGUACCCAUAUCACCUAUAAGAAACUGUAACUGCAGCAGAACGAGCCAGCAACUGCAAAUCCCUCCUUGUGAGGUGUUGGAUCAGGGAACGCCACUUGCUCCCAGUUGGAGCAUGAAAAGUGGUAGAUGGUGCCUGGAAAACGCUGAGACCCAUCAGCAACAAGAACUCACGGGCGCUCUGUCCCUUCGGUAUGACGUGACAGAGGAGCCUAAAACUGUUUGCCGUCGUGCGGUCACGGAGGCAGUGCUCGGUUGGGGUCCUCCCUUGCGCCUUCGUCCCAUCUCAAGUGCAGAUUAUUCAGAGGAAAAUACUGACUGCCCUGGUGCAGCCACAGAGGAAACAGGAACACGGCGAAGCACUACAAUAGGUACCAAGGAUAGCAUCAGGAAGGUGUCCGAAGCAGCCGGUAACAUUCUUCCUCCCGAAAGCCAGCGAUCAUCUGGUUUGAUGCUUAGCCGUUUAAGAGAGGCUGAUCAGGGGCGCCUAGGUGGUUCAUUUCCUGUCUCCCAGGAAGCUCCGCCGUAUCUGGCAAAGUGGUUACUGAAGGGCGAGAGGUUGCACUGCCACGGCGUCUUGCUGCGAAUGCGCGAACAUCGGAGCUUGUGUGAACGGCUCUUCAUCCGGUUUUUCGGGGGUGAUCACAAAAGGAACUGCCAGUUGCAGCCGCAGCGCUGCAUUGCCUUAUUGACGGACACAGGACGGCUUCUACUCUUGGAUCCAAACGCAAGAACUCUCCGCAAGACAGUCGUCCUUGCAACCGAUGGUGAGAUAUAUACGGAGGGGAAAGACAUGCUCAUUUAUUCCAGUGCAGGAGACAACUGCUACUUGCUUUUCGCAUCUGAGGAAGACACUGCCGCUGCUUGGGCUAGAUCUCUUGCUUUAUCCAUUGAAAGCCUGCGGUCUAGAGCAGCGUAUUUUAGAUCUAAAGGAGCGGUGUGCAGUCUGCGAGGAAAUACUGAUGUUUUAACCGCUGCCUCGGUGGAACAUUCAUCGCGGGGCAAAGCUGGUUCAUUGUCAGCCUCUCGAAUGCAGGACAAAGCAGCUCCUGUCUGGCCUUCUUCAAGUGAUGAGGGUGCGGCACGACAAAGUAACUUCAAAGGCGAACCUUUCUCCAGCGAAGGCGCGUCUGUACCGACAGCUGCCACUCCCACUAUACCACAGAAUACAGACCCUAGCAGCAGCGGAUUGCAUAGUCCUCAGCAACCCAUGGGGUGGCAAAAGGAGUUGACUCGCUGUCGCCGGGGUAGCGUUAGGCUGGCUUCUUCGCCAGCAUGCUCGAAGAAUUAUAAGACUCGUCGUCCGCUUUCAGAGGGACCCCAUUUGCGCAAUUCAAGCUGCGGGGCGAAAGGCAGUGUCUAG